GGGGAAUCGAACCUCGACUUGGGAGUGUGUGAGUGAGUGAGUGAUGUUGAGAAUAAUCAGGAGCUUCAGUUUGUUUUUCAGUGAGCUGGAGCGUGGAAGAUGGGGAAAGGAAAAUUCAGGGGAUGGAUUCGCGGAGAUGGAGAAGACGAAGGAGGGUGGAAAGAGAGAUUUCGUCGAUGAAAAGAUUCUGCUUCGGCUGGACGAGCAUGGAGAGAGAGAUUGGUUGGGUCAACCAUGCUGUCUACCUAGGCUUUGUCGCUCAGGCAGGAAGUCGGCCGCAAACUCGUGGAUAUCCUCCGUGUUCACCACAACAAGAAGAAGAAGAAGAAGAAGAAGAAGCGCGAUCAUCUCACCAGGGCCGCGAGAGCGAGUGCAAGGCUACACCACCUAUAACACCAGUGGAUAGCUUUUUUUUUCCCCCUUGCGUUCGCGGAUGGCUGGUUAGUCUGUCACUGCAUGGAAAGAGAAAAAAGUCACUGGGUUUUUUCCGUGCGCCAAAUACCACCAACAAUCAUCUCAAUGGGUUAUGGUUAUGGAGGGAAAAGUUGAUCCGCACCAACAUAGAUAGGUUAGCAUGGUCAGUCAGGUAGUAUUUUAUCUCGUCUUCCCUUAUCUUUCUAUUUCAUCUUCUCCUUUCUUUUUCUUUCCCCGUUAUGUUCUUUUUAUGUUUCUUUCAUCAUUAAAGGUUGCGUUCGUUUCACAAUACCCGUUUCCUUUCAUCAUUUGAGUUGCGCUGUUUGCGUUUUCCCAUUCCCUAUGCCUGUUUUUUUUCCCCUCCGUUCUACUCAUCAUCGUCAUCAUUCGUCAUCUAAUUACUGGAUCACUAUUCCAGGUAGCGUUUGCAUUCUUUCCAUCUUCAGAUCUUCAGAUCAAAAAAAAGUUUGGUUCGGUCGGGUCAGGUUAUGACGGUCAAGUCAGGUCAGGCGCUUAUAAACAUCAUCGUUUUGAUC